AUGAAACAUAACAAAUAAUAGAGUCAUUACAUUCUAGACUUUUACGACAUAGAAGACAUUUCAGAUAAUGAAUCAGAGAGUUCUAAAUCGUCAAAUAAUUAAUAAUAAAUAAUUAAGCCAAGUCCAAUUCCUAAUAGAUUAGAAUAAUUGAAUACAAUUUUAUAAGUAAAAAAAGAGACUGUAGAAAUACCAUCUAUUUUGAUAUAAGAAGAAGAGGAGCCUAUAAUAAGAAGAAAAGUGGAUAUUCAGAAAUAAUAAUGGUAGGUCAAUUUUGAUGAAUUAUCAGAAUAAGAAUAAUAAGAUAGUGAUAGAUCAUAGGAUGCAAUAGAAAUACCGAAAGAUCCAAGUCCACCUACAAUAGCACUUGAAGAACCUUAAUAUAUUGAAUAAUAUUUUGAAGAUUAAAAUGUGAUUGAAGAAAUAGAUAUUGAAUAAGAAUAAUUAAAAUUAGAAUAGAGAAAGGAAUAGUUGAAAUAGGAUUUAAUAACUAAAAAAUAACAAUAAUCAAAAUCAAUUGUUAAAGUUCCAUCAAUUUAAAAAGAAUAACAAAAAGUAUAAGAAAUUAAUUAAUUCAAAAAUAACAAAGUAGAAGAUAGAACUAAAUAAAAAUAUAAAUAGAAAUUUUAUAAUCCUAAAAAUUCAUUGAUUUAUUUAAGAUUAAAAGGUAGGGAAGAUUUAUAUAAAAAGUAAGAAUUAAUUGUAGAAGAAUGGAAUAAACCUUUAGAAUAAGAUGAAUUAUUAGAAGGUUUAGAAUGUAUCAAUAGUUUAUUAAUUGGAUUAUCUAAAAUGAAGGAUAGAAAAGUUAAUACACUUGAAAAAUAGAAAAUAGUACCUUUAUAGAUAUAAAAACAUCGUUUAGAUGAUAAAGGUGAACAUCAUAAAGAAUCUAAACUAUAAAAGAAAGAUGAUAAAGAUAAAAGUAUAGAAUAGUAAAAGAAAAUGUAAUAGGAUAUUCAAAAAGAAAAAGAAUUAAAAUAAACUGAAUCAGCAAUUAAAUAAUAAUAACUUUAAGAAGCACAAUAAGCUAGAUAGAUUAGACAUGAAAAAUAAUUAUAGGNUAUCCAUCAAUUAAUGGUUUAAUUUUAGUGUUUAAAUUAAAAAUUGAUUAUGAAUGUUUUUUUUUGGAAAUUAAAAAAAUCAUUCUUUUCUUUUUCUCUAUGUAAUUUAUCAAAAAAUGAUAUGAAUCAAAAUAUUAAAUAUGAAACAUAACAAAUAAUAGAGUCAUUACAUUCUAGACUUUUACGACAUAGAAGACAUUUCAGAUAAUGAAUCAGAGAGUUCUAAAUCGUCAAAUAAUUAAUAAUAAAUAAUUAAGCCAAGUCCAAUUCCUAAUAGAUUAGAAUAAUUGAAUACAAUUUUAUAAGUAAAAAAAGAGACUGUAGAAAUACCAUCUAUUUUGAUAUAAGAAGAAGAGGAGCCUAUAAUAAGAAGAAAAGUGGAUAUUCAGAAAUAAUAAUGGUAGGUCAAUUUUGAUGAAUUAUCAGAAUAAGAAUAAUAAGAUAGUGAUAGAUCAUAGGAUGCAAUAGAAAUACCGAAAGAUCCAAGUCCACCUACAAUAGCACUUGAAGAACCUUAAUAUAUUGAAUAAUAUUUUGAAGAUUAAAAUGUGAUUGAAGAAAUAGAUAUUGAAUAAGAAUAAUUAAAAUUAGAAUAGAGAAAGGAAUAGUUGAAAUAGGAUUUAAUAACUAAAAAAUAACAAUAAUCAAAAUCAAUUGUUAAAGUUCCAUCAAUUUAAAAAGAAUAACAAAAAGUAUAAGAAAUUAAUUAAUUCAAAAAUAACAAAGUAGAAGAUAGAACUAAAUAAAAAUAUAAAUAGAAAUUUUAUAAUCCUAAAAAUUCAUUGAUUUAUUUAAGAUUAAAAGGUAGGGAAGAUUUAUAUAAAAAGUAAGAAUUAAUUGUAGAAGAAUGGAAUAAACCUUUAGAAUAAGAUGAAUUAUUAGAAGGUUUAGAAUGUAUCAAUAGUUUAUUAAUUGGAUUAUCUAAAAUGAAGGAUAGAAAAGUUAAUACACUUGAAAAAUAGAAAAUAGUACCUUUAUAGAUAUAAAAACAUCGUUUAGAUGAUAAAGGUGAACAUCAUAAAGAAUCUAAACUAUAAAAGAAAGAUGAUAAAGAUAAAAGUAUAGAAUAGUAAAAGAAAAUGUAAUAGGAUAUUCAAAAAGAAAAAGAAUUAAAAUAAACUGAAUCAGCAAUUAAAUAAUAAUAACUUUAAGAAGCACAAUAAGCUAGAUAGAUUAGACAUGAAAAAUAAUUAUAGGAGAAGGAAAAACUAAAAUUGUUAGAAUAAAGAUAAGUUUUUAAAAUAUUAACAAAAAAAUAAAUUAAUUAAGGAUUAAUACUUUAUAGAUGUCAAAUAAGAUAAAAAUAAAAAGAUACAAUUAAAUGGUUAAGAUAUUCAGAAAUUGCUUUAAUUAGUAAAGGUGAAAGUGAAAUCUUUAAUUUUGAAAAAAGAAUGUCAGAUUAAAUGUUUAUGUAAUUGCAUAAAGCUAAUAUGACAUCAGUAUUAAUAACUAAGUAAGCAAUAUUUGAUAGAGUAACUAUACAUUAUGUUGAAGAAUAAAAAGAAUCUGAGGAAAUCAAAGAAAAAGAAUCAUUCAUAUAAAAAGAGUAGGAAAAUUUAAAUAUAAAUAUAAAUGAAUAAAAAUAAGUGAAAGAAAAGAGAGUAAUCAAAAAUACUGAAAGGAAAAAAGUAUAAGAUAUCUAGAAGAAUGAGGAAUAGGAUAAUUUAUCAGUUGAUGAACAAAAAUAAUAAUAAUAAAAAUAACAAAAAUAAUAAUAAUAAAAAUAACAAAAAUAAUAAUAAUAAAAAUAAUAAUAAUAAUAAACAGAUUAAUAAGAGUUAAAAGAUAAAUCUCAAUAAGAAUAAAUAGAAACUAAAAGAAUGAAAAAUAAAGUAAGUUAUUUAGAAAGUGAUGAAGAGAAGAAGGAUGAAGAUCUCUUAGAUGCUGAUUCUAUUUAGAUUUUUAAAAUAACUUAAGAUAGAUAAAGAAAAUUAGAUAAAAAAGAUAAGGAGCAUAAAUCAUAAUAAAGUAAUUAAUAAUUAAUUGAAGAGUCAAAAUAAAUAGAUUCAAUUGAACUAACAUAGAAAACUAAUAAUAAUUAAUCAAAAGGAUAAAAAAAAGUUAAGAAUCAAAAAAUUAGAGAAUGUCCAUUGAGUAGAUUAGAAACAAAUGAUGAAAUUAAAAAAAAAGAAAAAAUUAAUUAAAAAAGAAAAGAAAAAAGAAGAAAGGAACAUUAAUAAUAUUUGAAUGAAAUAGAUUAUGAAUAACUUAAUGAAGUUGCUCACUCAAAAUAAAAAAAACCUUCUAAAGAUAAUAAAAAUAGGGAAAUUGAUAAUUCAAUAUAAAAAUAAUCUUAAAAUAAAAAAAGAGAUGAUAAAUAGGAUGAUGUAAAUUUAUAGGAUAAAAUAGAUGUAAAAGAUAUAUAAGAAACAAAAAAUGGUGAUUCUUCUAAAAGAGAAGUAAGAUUAAACAAUAGAAAUAAUAAAUAAUAAUCUUAAAAACCAUCACCAAAAAUAGAUUCUAUUGAACCUGGAUAUAUUUCUUCAAAACGUAUUUAUGAAAACAGAGACUAAAAGAAAAAAAAGUUGAAAGUUAUAGAAGAUGAGGAAUCAGAAUAUAAUGAGGAAAAAGCUAAAUAAAAUGAAAAGAAACAAUAAAAAAAAAGAGUGAGAUAAAAAUGAGGA